AUGGAAAAUACCCCGGUUGAGAUUUUCAAAGAAGACAAUAAGUGCCUCUCGGUGUUGGAGGACUGUUCGACCAAUUCUUCCCUCUGGGGGACCGGACACUCCGGUAGCCGCAAUGUGAGCCAGGAGGACGAGGGCUGGGAGCAGGAAGGGAUGUCCCCCAUCAUCCCCAUCAUCACUGCGGUGUACUCCGUGGUGUUCGUGGUCGGCUUGUUGGGGAACUGUCUGGUCAUGUAUGUGAUCAUCAGGUACACGAAGAUGAAAACGGCCACCAACAUCUACAUCUUCAACCUGGCCCUGGCCGACGCCCUGGUCACCACCACCAUGCCCUUCCAGAGCACGGACUACCUUCUGAACACCUGGCCCUUCGGCGAGGUGGUGUGCAAGGUCUUCAUCUCCAUCGACUACUACAACAUGUUCACCAGCAUCUUCACGCUCACCAUGAUGAGCGUGGAUCGCUACGUGGCCGUGUGCCACCCGGUGAAGGCCCUGGACUUCCGCACGCCCAUCAAGGCCAAGAUGAUCAACGUGUGCAUCUGGAUCCUGUCGUCGGCCGCCGGGAUCCCCGCUUUCGUCCUGGGCGGUACCCAAACCAACAGCGACAUAACCGAAUGUGCCUUGCAGUUCCCGGAGCCGUACGCGUACUGGGACACGAUGAUGAAGAUCUGCGUGUUCGUCUUCGCCUUCGUGGUGCCCGUGCUCAUCAUCACCGUGUGCUACUCCCUCAUGGUCCUGCGGCUGAAGAGCGUGCGCAUGCUGUCGGGCUCGCGGGAGAAGGACCGCAACCUGCGGCGCAUCACGCGGCUGGUGGUGGUGGUGGUGGCCGUCUUCGUGGUGUGCUGGACGCCCAUCCACAUCUUCAUCCUGGUGAAGGCGCUGGUGAGCGUGCCGGAGACCACCGCCAUCAUGGCCGCCUACUUCUUCUGCGUGGCCCUGGGCUACACCAACAGCAGCCUCAACCCCGUGCUCUACGCCUUCCUGGACGAGAACUUCAAGCGCUGCUUCAAGGACUUCUGCCUCUCGGCCAAGCGGAAGGGGGACAAGGCGUCGGGGAGCAAGAAGGCGUCCGGCGCCCUGAGGGAAGCCGCCGUUCCCCUGAACAACCCCGACGGGACUAGCAAGCCCACAUGA